UUAACACGUUUUAAUUUCAUUUUCCACACUACUAAAAUGUGAAAGUUUCCACAUCUUCUAAAAUGGUAUAUAGCAGUUGGUCUCUAGCCAUAUCUAUUCAGUUGUUGUUUCAGAGGAGCCUUGACAAUGAAAUUAGCUGCUGUGUUUUGCAUCUUCUUGGGAUUAUUUGGCCUUUCAUUAGGCUCAAAGGAUGCUGUUUGUGAAAAGAAGCCUGGUGUUGUCGGUCCGUGCUCAUUAUUUAUUCCUAGAUGGACUUACUAUCGCAAUAAUAACACCUGUGAAUAUUUCACCUAUGGCGGCUGUCGUGGAAAUGCAAACAGCUUUCAUAGCCGAUAUCGGUGCGAGGAAAGGUGCAAGGAGAGAUUAGAAGACUGAAGUGAAUAUAAAAUCUGUGGAAUGUUUUUUUACGUAUUUAAAAUUUAAUUAGUCA